UUUUGUGUUUCUAAAUUUAGGCAUAAUCUUGUGAACACAGCUUCCCAGCUUCUCCCUAUAAAUUAAAAUGGCAGCAAGUGUGAUCGACAACGUUCAGCUUUAUCUUCUUACCAUCUCCAUAUCUUUGUUAUAAUCUAUCUUCCUCAAAUUUUCAACAAACAACAACAAUGGCAAACCAUCUUCAAGACCCCUUAACCACUUCUUCUGAAUUGGCUAUAAUCAAAGAAGAUCAGCAAUUUGACAAAGAAAAAGUGAGCUUGCAAGCGGAUAAGAUCUUGUACACUAUGGCCUUCCCCAUGGCUUUCAAAACAGCCUUGGAGCUUGGCGUCUUCGACACGAUCUCUGCUGUAGAUGAAGGCAUGUGGCUCUCGUCUUCUGAGAUUGCGCUUCGUCUCCCUACCAAACCUACCAACCCGGAGGCACCGGUUUUGUUGGACAGGAUGCUGGCUUUACUUGUUAGUCACUCAAUCCUAAAGUGCCGUAUGGUUGAAACUGGUAAAAACGGUCAAACCGGAAAACACGAGAGAGUUUAUGCUGCUGAACCGGUUUGCAUGUUUUUCUUGAACCGUGGCGGCGGCUCGGGUUCUCUUGCAUCUCUCUUCAUGGUAGCUAAUAGCGAAGUCUAUUUCAAGACUUGGGAACAUCUCAAAGAUAUGAUAUUAGAAGGAACGGAUGCAUUUACCUCCGCCCACGGCAUGAAAGUUUUUGAAUACAUUGAUUCAAACGAAAGAUUCGGUGAGAUUUUUAACCGGGCAAUGUCAGACGCUUCUAUCAUGAUAAUGAAUAGAGUUCUAGAAGUGUACAAGGGAUUCGAAGAUGUAAAUACUUUAGUGGAUGUGGGAGGAGGAGUCGGAACCGGUAUAGGUUUAGUGACUUCCAAGUAUCCUCAUAUCAAAGGCAUCAAUUUUGACAUAGCCAAGGUUAUAGCCCAUGCUCCUCUUUAUCCAGGAGUGGAGCAUGUUUCAGGAGAUAUGUUUAAAGAAAUUCCAAAAGGAGAUGCUAUCUUCAUGAAAUGGAUACUACACGAUUGGAACGACGAAGAUUGUGUAAAGAUUCUAAAAAGUUGUUGGGCAAGUCUCUCGGAAAAAGGAAAAGUGAUACUAGUCGACAUGAUUACACCGGUGGAACCAAAGAUCAACGACUCUUCUAAUGUUGUGUUUGCUGUGGACAUGGUUAUGUUAACACUAUGCUCAGGUGGUAAGGAGAGGUCACUUCCCCAGAUCGAGACUCUAGCCUUUGAUUCGGGUUUUAUUCGUUGCGAAAUCAUAUGUCAUGCCUAUUCGUAUAGUCUUAUCGAACUACACAAAUAGGUUGGCGUCUAUAAUUGCCAGAAAAGGAAUCUUUACUGAUAACAAUUUCAAUAAAAGCUACAUUAUUGCUUAUAAU